AUGCUGUUGUCUUCACAGGGGCCUGAGAGAGUCGCCCGGCUGUCCUGUUCUCCCCAAAAGGGCCCGGCGCCGUCUCCACUGCCGAGGGCCCGAAGAGCCAACGUCGAGGAUUAUUAUGUCGCUUUUCCAGGGGCCGGGGUUCGCAGCGCGGAACCGGAGGAAAGGCUGGCUCCUCAGGGGUCCUGCUGGCAUCUGACAUCCAGGAACUCCCAGGGUCGCCCAGAUAGCUCCGGAUCGGAUCGGCAGCUUUCCUAUCCUUGCAUCCCGUAUUUUUAAAGAAAAUAUUUUCUGUUCUCUGCGUUGGUCUUUUACCACCACCCAUACACCGAAGCAAAGACUGCAGUCUUUUCAUUCAAUGUCUGCUUUACAUUUUUUGCCCUCUCCCCCCCCAAAAUGAUCUCUAAUUGAAAGUUUAUUUUGGUUUUGGAUGAAUCUGUGGAGCGUAUGUUGUAAGAAGAAAGGGGGAACGAGACACAAUGAAAGAGAAGUCCAAAAAUGCUGCCCGGACGAGGAGGGAGAAGGAAAACAGUGAAUUCUAUGAACUGGCUAAAUUACUGCCUUUGCCCUCGGCUAUCACCUCACAGCUGGACAAAGCAUCCAUAAUCAGACUCACCACCAGCUAUCUCAAAAUGAGAGUAGUGUUCCCAGAAGGGCUCGGGGAGGCGUGGGGCCACUCCAGUCGGACCAGCCCCCUGGACAACGUUGGCCGUGAGCUGGGCUCUCAUCUGCUGCAGACCCUGGAUGGUUUUAUCUUUGUGGUGGCCCCAGAUGGGAAGAUCAUGUACAUCUCAGAGACAGCCUCGGUCCACCUGGGUCUUUCUCAGGUAGAACUGACCGGGAAUAGCAUUUACGAAUACAUCCACCCGGCAGACCACGACGAGAUGACAGCGGUUCUCACGGCCCACCAGCCCUACCACUCUCACUUUGUCCAGGAGUAUGAGAUCGAGCGCUCCUUCUUCCUGAGGAUGAAGUGUGUCUUGGCCAAGAGGAACGCGGGCCUCACCUGCGGUGGCUACAAGGUCAUUCAUUGCAGCGGCUACCUGAAGAUCCGCCAGUACAGCUUGGACAUGUCCCCCUUCGAUGGCUGUUACCAGAACGUGGGCCUGGUGGCCGUGGGCCACUCGCUGCCGCCCAGCGCCGUCACGGAGAUCAAGCUGCAUAGCAACAUGUUCAUGUUCCGCGCCAGCCUGGACAUGAAGCUCAUCUUCCUGGACUCCAGAGUGGCGGAGCUGACGGGGUAUGAACCUCAGGACCUGAUUGAGAAGACCCUGUACCACCACGUGCACGGCUGCGACACCUUCCACCUGCGCUGCGCCCACCACCUGCUGCUGGUGAAGGGGCAGGUGACCACCAAGUACUACAGGUUCCUGGCGAAGCAGGGCGGCUGGGUCUGGGUGCAGAGCUAUGCGACCAUCGUGCACAACAGCCGCUCGUCCAGGCCACACUGUAUCGUCAGCGUCAACUAUGUUCUUACGGACACAGAGUACAAAGGGCUGCAACUCUCCCUGGAUCAGAUCUCAGCCUCCAAACCAACCUUCUCCUACGCCAGCAGCUCCACUCCUACCAUGCCUGACAACAGGAAGGGGGCCAAGUCCAGACUCUCCAGUUCAAAGUCAAAGUCCAGGACUUCCCCAUACCCUCAGUAUUCGGGAUUUCACACGGAAAGAUCAGAAUCUGAUCACGACAGCCAGUGGGGCGGAAGUCCCCUGACAGACACAGCCUCCCCGCAGCUCCUGGACCCCACGGACAGACCAGGCUCUCAGCACGACGCGUCCUGCGCCUACAGGCAGUUCUCGGACCGCAGCGCGCUUUGCUACGGCUUCGCGCUGGACCACUCCAGGAUGGUGGAGGAGAGGCACUUCCACACCCAGGCCUGCGAGGGGGGCCGCUGCGAGGCCGGCAGGUACUUCCUGGGGACACCGCAGGCCGGGAGGGAGCCCUGGUGGGGCUCCCGCGCAGCCCUGCCCCUGACCAAGGCCUCCCCAGAAAGCCGAGAAGCCUAUGAAAACAGCAUGCCACACAUCGCUUCAGUCCACAGGAUCCACGGGCGAGGUCAUUGGGAUGAAGACAGUGUGGUCAGUUCUCCAGACCCCGGGUCUGCCAGCGAAUCAGGUGACCGAUAUCGCACUGAGCAGUAUCAAAGUAGCCCACACGAACCUAGCAAAAUUGAAACUCUGAUAAGAGCUACCCAGCAAAUGAUUAAAGAAGAAGAGAACAGAUUGCAGCUAAGGAAAGCCCCCGCAGACCAACUGGCUUCCAUUAAUGGAGCUGGGAAAAAACACUCCCUCUGUUUUGCAAACUACCAACAGCCCCCACCGACAGGCGAAGUCUGCCAUGGCUCCACUCUCGCCAACACUUCGCCAUGUGACCACAUCCAGCAGAGGGAGGGGAAGAUGCUGAGCCCCCACGAAAAUGACUAUGACAACAGCCCCACUGCACUGUCUCGGAUAAGCAGUCCCAAUUCAGAUCGCAUUUCAAAAUCCAGUUUGAUCCUAGCUAAAGACUAUCUCCACUCGGAUAUGUCUCCUCAUCCGACAGCAGGAGACCACCCUGCCCUCUCUCCAAACUGCUUUGGCUCUCACCGGCAGUAUUUUGAUAAGCAUGCUUACACAUUAACUGGAUAUGCCUUGGAGCACUUAUAUGACAGCGAAACCAUUAGAAACUAUUCCUUGGGCUGUAAUGGCUCACACUUUGAUGUAACUUCCCAUCUAAGGAUGCAGCCAGACCCAGCACAAGGACAUAAGGGAACAUCUGUUAUAAUAACGAAUGGAAGCUGAUGUUUUUCUAGAAUAUUUUGUUCUUUAAGGAUCUCUGAAACAUAUUUAUAGUUUAAUGCCCCAUGACCAGUAUUUACUAUGCUACACAUCAUUAGAGAGGAUAAUUUAAGUUACUGGGUGUUUGACAUGUGUUCCUUUGAAAUCAAAGAAAACAAGCACUAGCAUUCAAGGUUAAGCACAGAUAAUGGAGCUAAAGCAAGUACACAAAUUUCCCUUCUUAUUUUAUGGGAACAGAAUAGAUACACUUUGAAUUGAAAAACACUUGUGUAGAUUAAGUGAGCAUGUGUACCACAUGAAAGGACUGAUGGAUGCAACAUCAUGCUGGGAUGAUCCAGUGACCCCCAUGCACACAGAGCCCUGUCUACAAACUGCAGUGUACACUUACAUGCAGAAAUAUAGACUAUGUACCAUCAAUUCACCCCAAAUGGGUAACUUUCCUUAACCUUAGAACAUUAAGAUUAUUAAAGAAAUGUUUAUUCUCAAGCUUAACUAAGAGAGAGAUACAUCUUGUAAAGUGUUUUCUUCUUCGUGUUUCUAACCAGCCAACUCAUUUGGUUCAGGUAUAAAUUAGGGAAAUGGUUAUGGAUAUGGUAUAAGAAUGAGUUUUCACCUGGUACCCAUUAUAAGCAAUCAGGAAGUGGUGAUUUUUUACCUUACUUUUGAGUUAGACAAGGACCAGGAUCACACUGACAUGUCAGUGAGGGCUUUUCUAAGUGAAAUUACUGAGACAUUGGGACACACCUCAAAAACCUGGACUGCCAAUUGGAAAUAGUGAGUGAAGCUAGGAAGGCCAGAGGCAAAACGAACAAUUUAAAGUUUAGAAUAUGUAGUCAACAUAUUUGGGGCUUAUAAAACCAACCCUCCCCAAAUUCAAAUUAAUUCACCAAGAAAAAAAGGCUAAUAUGUGCAAAAACUAAGGAAAAAACAGUGAAGUGCUACAUGAUAGCAGUUAAGUUUUUGACAACAUUUCAAAGUACAGGUGUGCAAGUGUGACAACAUGUGGAAAGCCUCCAGAGAGAGUCUAAGAUAAAAGCUUAGGCUGAUAGACAGGGGAUUAAAUAGGUAAGAGUAGCACUUUGAACAACAGGUGAAGUAUUCAUUUUCCUUAUUGUUUUUAAACAGCAAAAACAAUAAAAUUGGUCUUAAAUGAGACUGUAGAAAGACUAGCGGACUAAGAUGCCAAGAUCUCUGGAUUCUGGUUCUAACCAUGCCUAUAACUUAUUUUGGGGACAUAGAAAUAUCACUCACCACACCAGGGCCCUAGUAUCUUCAUCUGAUGGCAGUUCUAAUGUUCCAUGGUUCUGUGGUUCAGUGGUGCAGUGGAACUGAACUUGUUAAUCAGUUAACUCUCUGCUGUGAGUUGUCAAGACUGAUCAUUCUGGCCUUUCUGUACUCAUAUAGAGGUCUAGAUGCUUCGUGGCUUAAGCAGGUGCAGGGACUCUUUUAGGCAUGUUACAGACAACUUUCUAAUUCAGAUGGCAAAACUGAUGAGGGAGAAGAAAAAUGAGUAAGAUUUAUUUAAUGCACUAUCCUCUAGGAAUCAAAGUGAAGUGACAUGUUAUUAGAGACUUUUCAUAGCUAAUAUUUUCUAGGAGCCCCAUGCCUGAAACGCUUGCCAUAUUGAGAAGGAAUGUAUUGGAGGACAUUGACUUAUAAUUUUGAAGACAUCAUGACAUUGAACACUCAGGGAUUUAGUACUGUAUUUUCAUAUAACACAGUUAUUUGGCAAUCCAUAGGUAGGUGACAAUCUGAAUGCCGAUAAUCUGAGAAAUGAAUUACUGGGUUGUUUGUACACGAGAAAAGUGGCUACAUAAAAUUAAAUAAAUAUGUCUUAGGUAUGAUGGAACAACAUUGUUCUGUAAAUGGAAAAAGUACAAGUAAGUGAGAAAGUUAGUGGUUAUAUAUACUUUCUAAAAAGUUCAAACAAUGAAAACUACAUUUUGAACUAUAUAAGCAAAAGUAUUCAGUAUUUUGGAGAAAAAAAAACAUUUAUAAGAAGCCCCUGGAAUACUUAAGAUGAAUUUUUGAUCAUUCUGCAACAUGAAGUAAGGUUUUAGGAAUGCUAAAGGUUUUGCAGACUUCUGUAGAUGGAUAAAUGUUCAAAAACAAAUAUCUGAAGAAUAUGGUGUGUUUUGGAAAGGGAAUCUAAACAGAUGGGUUUUAUUGAUAGAUAUACAUUCUACUAAAAAGGUCACAGGAAGAUGCUGUAAAGGAAAUAGAAUCUGAAGAAUCAAGGAAAAUGAACUAUAUGAAAGAAAAGACUGUCACUAAAGAAAUUUCAGUGGGAUAUUUACAUAUAUGGAAGAAAGUUAAUUGAGGAAAGAAGUAAAUUAUAAGUUCUAUAAAUGGGAUAAUCAGAAGGACUAAUGCUCUUUAAAAUAGUAUGACCAAUAUUUUUAAGCGAGGAUAGAAUUAACUAAAUUAUGUCUUAAUUAAAAUUUUUGAUAGAUUGACUCAUUUUUAAAUAUAAACCUUUUAUUUACUUUAUAUGUCAAAAAUUUUAGAGUAUCAUAUUUAUUACAUUACAUGUAAUUCCACACAGACCUACAGUAUUCUAGAGUUUACAUUUUUUGCAGUGGGGCACAAUUAUUGCAGAAUGACUCAAGAUAAGUUGAGAUAGUUUAUGGCAAGGCAACCUUUCAAUAUAUUGUACACAUAGACAUGUUAAUAUCUAUUUAUAAUCUACAUUAUUUUGUUCUGUGCAGGAACAUAUUGCCUCAAAAUGAAGAUGUCAUCUGUAUUUUUAAAAUAUGGGAUGUAAAAUAUGUAUGUUCCCAAUAACUUCAUCAGUUAAAAUUAAACUUAAAUUGGCUUUAGUUUUAAUCCUUGAUUUCUAUAACUUGGUUAAAUGCUGAGAAUCAUGUAACUUCACUGAAAUAGACAGAGAAGUAUGAUUUUUAUAUCACCUUGGGGAUUCAUACAGAUGUGUUUUAUCCAAGUACUCUUACAAUAUGUAGCAAUUCAUUAGAUGAAACAAAGCAAGCUCGUGCUUUCUAGUAAUAGUAAGAAUAUCUUUAUUGCCCAUUUUACCUGCCUGCCCUACCUAAUUUAUAAAUUUGGAUGACCAAAGGAAAAAAUGAAUAUUUCUCCCAUCUUUCUUUGGAAAAUUUUGUUAAAACUAUUAUUGAGAAUAUACAAAUUUGACAUAUUAUUUUUGGGUGCAUAGUAUUAUUGUCACAGUCAUGUAGGUGUGCUCCAGCUCCAUAUUUUGACAUGCUAUAUUGAAUAUAAUGGACCAGCUUUUCUAAACUGUAAUUGCCUGAUACAGGAUAAUUUGACACAGUGCUGAUGUGACAUUCAAAAUGAGACAGGAUGCAAUAAAUGGUUUGCCUUUGGUAAAUCCACUCAUUCUUUCCUGAUGUUAUUUUAUAGGAUUCGACUAUUUUCAUUGGGUAGUAUUCUUAAUUUUCUCUAUACCCUGCUGCCACAUGAUGCCUCUGGGCAGAGAAUCCACUUAAAAUAAGCUUUAAUAGGUUCUUCUGGAAAAAGAUAAUAUGCUCCAUUUUCUUUUUCUUAAAUUAAGAAUGAAGAUUGAUUCAUUAAAAGAUCAUUUGGAAAAUAUGCAUAGAUAUUUUAAAAUAAAAAGACCAACUAUGUCUGAUAGAAGACACUAUAGCUAAAGAGGCAUUCUGAAUACAGGGAUGAUAUUUUGUAGCUCGCUUUCUCAAGAGCAGGACAUUACUAAGGUGUCCAGUAAAUUCUAUUGGUGCUAGAAUUUGGAAGUGACAGAGUGAAUGCUGAUAUUUGGAAAACUGAGGAUUUGGCCAUUUGGGGGUCACUUACCUGGCCCAGUGGGUAGCUUACACUUUAAUAUGCCCUCUUUAAUUUAAAAAGUUUGAAUGCCAAGAUCUGACUCUCCAGUUCACUCAAAUCACAGGAAAUAGACAUACAUUCUAUUUUCUAAGCGAAAAUCCUAUUGUUCUCUAAGUGAUUCAAAUUUUAUGUACAUGUCAGUUUUCUCAAAUAGGAAUUUGACUCUAAGACAGCAAAAUCUGUUGGUUAGUUUUUACUGGGAAAUGCACUGUGGAUAAAACAUUCAUUAUCAUUCUAAACUUCAAAUGAAUGACAGAACAGCUAUGAACAUAUGGAAAGGAUAUCUUACAUAGAAAAUGUUCUUGGGGGCAAUUUCCGUGUGGUGCUCGUUUCUUGUGCAAAGGAAUUGUAUGGGUAGUGCUUAACUCAAACAGUGAGAUUGUGCUCAUAUCCAAAAGGGGUUUGUUCAGAGUUCCUUCUCUAAGAUUGUAUGCAGAAAGGCUGUAUGUGUGUAUUCAUAUGUUUAUGUACAUGCACAUUUACAUAUACAUAUGUGUAUGCACACACAUGAAAUUGUAAAGCAAGAAACAAGAUUGUAUUCUGCUGUGCUCCUUAAAAACUGAUGGUUCACAUAAGAAAUCCUAAUUAAUUAUUUUAAACCAAACAUGUAGAGUUUUAAUUAUUGUAAUUUUGCUGCAUGGGGCUUUGCUUUCAUAAACCUAUAUAGUGGAAAAUUUGUCCUAAUUUGCUGAUCUGGAACAGAUUUAAUCACAAUUGAAUUUACACCCAACAACCCUGGAGUGUUUACAUUUCAAAAGAAAUGAAAUGGCGUGAAAAGUUUUUAGAAGUACUGUAAUUUUUUCCGUUUUCUUUUUCCAAAGGGGGUAUAUUUCAAAAAAGGAAACAUAUGAGUAGGCACUUCAAAAAAGAGAAAAUAUUUUGUGUUUGUUUUUUUGACGACAUGCUAUAAAAAGGAUUAUAUUUGUGAAAGAAGAUACUGAUUGCCAAUAUUUCAAAUACCAUCUUGCAAUGUAAAGUUUUUAGUGACAUUGUAGUAUUAAAUCUGUAAUUUGAACUUUUACUUUGGAAUGUAAAGUAGAAAAUAUUAGCUAUGUCAAUGAUAUCUUGCAAAAUGCUCCCAUUUAUAAUUAUUUAUAUUGUAAAUAGCUUUCUGAAGUAAAUUCGAAGUUAACAUGUGCAUAAAAUGUAUUUAUUAUGUGACGAAUUUUUGGUUUUAAAUAUAGUUACCAAUAUGCA